UAUAUCGUAAAAUAAACAAUAGAAACAGAUUGAAAUUAUAUAUCAAUUAUUUAUAAUAUUUCUUUAGGAAAACUCAAGUAUUGUUAUAUUAUUAUUUUUACAUUAGUAUACAAAAUGAUUCCCAAGAAUGGAGCCACUUCCGGUUUGUGCGAAAUGUGAAAAAUUCAAAAAUGCUAUGAAGAUUUGCACUCGUUGUAGGCUCGUAUAUUACUGUGGACGAGAUUGUCAAAUUACUGAUUGGGCAAGACACAAAGUAACUUGUAACUCAAACCUGCAACUACAACAAGUAAACAAUGGAAUACAACAAGUAAACCAAGAAGUACAACAAGUAAACCAUGGAAUACAACACGGAAAUACGGAAGAAGUUAUAGGUGGAGAACAAAACAACCAGCAAGAUAAUCAAGUAAUGAUACAUGGGAUUGAAACUAAUGUUACACCCGGACGUAUAGAUAUACAGAAUGAACAAACAAAUCUAUCUAAAACACAGGCUAGAGUAUCUGAAACAAACGAUAAAUGCAAACCAAGUCUAAAUGUGCCUGACUUAUCACAUACAGAAAAUGUGAAGAAUC